GUAAAAGAUUUUGAUGGGCUGGAAUCUCAAAUUGCGGUAACACUUUGUCAUCUAGAAAAGAUCUUUCCACCGGCUUUUUUUGAUAUUAUGGUGCAUUUGCCGAUUCAUUUAGCGGGUGAGGCCAAACUAGCAAGACCGGUACAAUACCGAUGGAUGUACCCCAUCGAGAGGUGGGUACAAAUAUUUAUAAAUUAAAUUUAUUUUUCAUGCUAUUCCGGUCACGCUAAUCAAUCAUAUAUUUCUAAACUAUUUAAUAUUGGUGACCAUAGGUACCUGCACACAUUGAAGUCAUAUGUACGUAAUAAAAGUCGGCCCGAGGGUUCAAUUGCAGAAGGGUACUUGGCGGAAGAAUGCUUAACUUUCUGCUCGAGGUACUUGCAUAAUGUGGAGACAAGGUUCAACCGACCAAUACGAAAUGAUGACUAUGGUAACACCGUUAUAGAACAAUCCGCUAUUUUUCCACGAAUAGGUCGUGCAUUAGGGAAGCCGGAGGAUUAUGUGCUAGAUAAAGUUGCAUUUACACAGUCACAUCGAUAUGUUCUAUUUAACAGCGGUGCACUCAUCCCAUUUCUUGAGUAAGAAAACUAUAACACUUAUUUUAUACAUGAUGGAAAAUAAGUUACUAUCACGUGUCUUACUGAAACCAAUUCAUAUGCAGAGAACACAUGAAUGUUGUUAAGCAAAAGAAUCCUCGCGCACGACCAAGGGAUAUAGAACGCAUUCACAAUGAAACAUUUCAUAAAUGGUUUAACGAUCAUGUUGAACAGCUGCGCCAGGUAGAGAAUGAGCAGGUCUCAGAAGACCUUAGAUGGCUAGCUCGGGGUCCUUGUGCAACAAGAAGAUACAAGGGUUUUAUUAUAAACGGCUUCAGGUUUCACACUAAAGACCGAGAAAAGAAAAGAAAAACUCAACAUAGUGGAGUUGUGGUGACCGCAAAGACAUCAAGCUUUGCGACUGUCAACGACAAAAAUCCUGUUGCAGGAGAUUUAACUUACUAUGGUGUCUUGACAAACAUAAUUGAAUUGGAAUAUUGUGGUGAUAGGAAAGUUGUAUUAUUUAGGUGUGAUUGGGUUGAUGUUCUAUCUCAGGGCAGGGGUGUCAGGAAGGAUGGGUUGGGGUUCACGCUCGUGAAUUUGAAACAGUUAUGCCAUUCUGGUCGACAGUUGUCUGAUGAACCGUUUGUGUUUGCAUCUCAAGCUGAGCAGGUGUUCUAUGUACAAGACCCUGUUGAGAAGGAUUGGCAUGUUGUGAUGAGGGCGAAACCUAGGGACUUGUUUGACAUGCAUGGGGAGGAGUUUACAAAUGAUGCUGAUGCAUACUUGGGGUGCUCGCCAUGUAAUGAUCAAAGUUUGGAGGAUUCAAGUAAUGACAUUGAUAGUUGGGAAAGGAUAGAUAUCGAUGGUACAACAAUUAUCACACCUUUACCUCCCACCCAGACAAUGGUUUUAAACAUGAGUACUAGACGCAGGGUUAGGCAAUCUGUAGGCCCUAUGACUGACAGCACUAGCCAGCCUCAGCUGCCCCAAACUAAUGAUAGUCCUGCUCAACCUCAGUUGCCUCAGGCUACUAGUGAUUCAACGUCCAAGAAAACAAAGACUCGAGGGCCUACAAGAUCCUUUGAUGUUUGGAAAAUGCGUGAAGGUCAACGGAUUUCUAUUUCCAUCAACGAUUUAGGGCAGCCCGAUUGUGACAAUGCUAGUAAGCUGACAAAUUUCAUAGGGACAAUAGCACGCAAUGGGGUAUAUGCUCCCCUUACAUUUAAUGAUUGGAGGGCGGUGCCAAAUGCGAAGAAAGAUGAUAUGUGGGGGCUUGUCACGUCCAAGUUUGAGUUUAACGGUAAUGCUAAGGCUUGGGUGCUGAAGUCACUUGGUAAAAAAUGGAGGGAAUGGAAGGGCAAGCUGAAGAAACUCUACUACUCUUCUCAUGAGACUGAUGAGGAGCGGCUCGCAAAUCUUGAUGGGCGGGUCCAAGAAGAUCAAUGGAAGACUCUCGUUCAAUUUUGGAACUCUGAAGAGGGGAAGAGGAAAAGGGCCAAUGGGUCGGAUCUGAGCCGGGCAGAUAUGUUUAUCUUGACUCAUACAUGCAAAGAUGGAAAGCCUGUGGAUGAGGCCUCAUCAGUAGUAAUGACAAAACUCAAUGAAGAAAUAUCUCAGCAACCCGGGGCCUCACAGAGUAGCACGGCAAGGGAUGAUCUAUUAUCUCAAGUUAUGGGAGAAGACAAGUAUGGUCGUGUCCGCACUUAUGGGUUAGGACCAUCUCCAUCUGAUUUGUGGGGUGCAACAUCCAGCCAACAAAGGAUGACUUCCAUUGAUCAGAGGAGAGAUGAAAGAUAUGAGGAACUACAUGCUGAUAUAGUCUCUCUUAAAGAAAAUAUAGCUGCACUCUCAUCCUUAAGAGAAGCUGAAAUGUCAUCCCUUAAAGAAAUUAUGGUUGAAAUCUCAUCCGCAAGAGAUGCUGAAAUUUCUUCCUUGAAAGAAACUCUGAUGAAAUUGAUAGCCACUAUGAAUAAUGCAAACAAUAACCAACCCACAGUAUUCGGUGCUGCAGCUAGUUCUAACAUGAACCAACAGUCUUCAUCAUCAAGCCAUUGGGUGAACUCUCAGAAGCACUCGACGAAUAAGGGGAAGACCACGAGUUGCACUAGCGCUGGGGAUGUGACUAGAGUUCUUCUUACAAGUAUUGUCAAAUUCGGGGUUACUAUUGCUAAAGGAAUUGUUUUGAGCAAGGAUCCGCUCACAAAAGUAGGGGGCACGAACUUGGAAUUGGUUUUUGGGAAGUAUUAA